AUGUUUUGUUCUUUAUUCUUUGCUUUCCUUUUCUCCAAUUUACUUUAUUCCCUUGAAGCAAAACAUAAUUUUUUUCUUCCCUUUUUCUUUCUCACCUACAUUUCUUCAUUUCAUUCUUAUUGUUUAUUUAGCUUUUUUCCUUUCAUUCUCUUUCUUCUUCCUUUCCUUUUUCUCCCAUAUUAUUUCUUCUUUUUCUCCACAUUUCUUUCCUUAUUUUUCCCCCUUUAUUCCCCCUGUUUCCUUUCUUCUCUUUCUUUUAUUCUCUCUCUUUCCUUUCUUUCUAUCCACAUCUUUUAUUUUGCAGCUGAUACGGCCCUUUCCACCACUUAUAAACCAAUCAAGCAAUCUUUAUCCUUGAAUUCUUCAUCCAGGGAGAUAACUGCCCAAACCAACAAACCAGCUGCACCCUUCAGAUUUCUCCUACUCUUCUUAGCCACCGCCCCCCCCACCAUCAGGAACAUUGAAGCAAUCAUGUUUCUCAUCUAUCAUUCAAUUUCACACCAACUUCUUUUCUGUUCAUCUAUCCUCAUAAUUGCUAUGAUCCACAGUUUUUCUCUUCAUUUUUCUUCUAGUUUCCACUUGAUUUUAAGCUUAAUUUUCUUCUAUCCUUUUCUUUCUUGCACUCUCUCAGUACCUUUCUUCCUUUCUUGCUCAUCACUUUUCUUUUUUGUCUUCUUAAUUUGA